GGAGGAGGCGUCUCCGUGCGGGAGCCCGGCUGACCGCGCCAGACCCAGACAGAGCAUCGCGGCUUUGGCUGCAACAGGCGGCGGGCUCGGUUCGGGGGCGGAGGCGGCGAAAGGGCGGGGAGCGCGAGGAGGAGCGACCUGGCCCCACCGCUGCCGCCUCUUCCCCGCCGCAUGGACGAGCACCUCAGCCUUCUGCGCUCGCCGCCGCCGCCCUCAGCCCGCCACCGCGCCCACCCUCCCCAGCGCCCAGCGAGCAGCGGCGGUGCCCACACGCUGGUGAACCCCGGCUACGCGGAGCCCGCCGCAGGCCGCGAGCUGCCGCCCAACAUGACCGUGGUGCCCGGGGACCACAUGCUGGAGCCGGAGGUGGCCGAUGGUGGAGGGGCCCCGCCUCAAGGCGGCUGUGGCGGCGGCGGCUGCGACCGCUACGAGCCGCUGCCGCCCUCACUGCCGGCCGCGGGCGAGCAGGACUGCUGCGGGGAGCGCGUGGUCAUCAACAUCUCCGGGCUGCGCUUCGAGACGCAGCUGAAGACCCUUUGCCAGUUCCCCGAGACGCUGCUGGGCGACCCCAAGCGGCGCAUGAGGUACUUCGACCCGCUCCGCAACGAGUACUUCUUCGACCGCAACCGGCCCAGCUUCGACGCCAUCCUCUACUACUAUCAGUCCGGGGGCCGCAUCCGCCGGCCGGUCAACGUGCCCAUCGACAUUUUCUCCGAGGAGAUCCGCUUCUACCAGCUGGGCGAGGAGGCCAUGGAGAAGUUCCGCGAGGACGAGGGCUUCCUGCGGGAGGAGGAGCGGCCCUUGCCCCGCCGCGACUUCCAGCGCCAGGUGUGGCUGCUCUUCGAGUACCCCGAGAGCUCCGGGCCGGCCCGGGGCAUCGCCAUCGUGUCCGUGCUGGUCAUCCUCAUCUCCAUUGUCAUCUUCUGCCUGGAGACGCUGCCGGAGUUCCGCGACGAGAAGGACUACCCCGCCUCGACGUCGCAGGACUCAUUCGAAGCAGCCGGCAACAGCACGUCGGGGGCCCGCGCAGGAGCCUCCAGCUUCUCCGAUCCCUUUUUCGUGGUGGAGACGCUGUGCAUCAUCUGGUUCUCCUUCGAACUGCUGGUGCGGUUCUUCGCUUGUCCUAGCAAAGCCACCUUCUCGCGAAACAUCAUGAACCUGAUCGACAUUGUGGCCAUCAUCCCUUAUUUUAUCACUCUGGGUACCGAGCUGGCCGAACGACAGGGCAAUGGACAGCAGGCCAUGUCUCUGGCCAUCCUGAGGGUCAUCCGCCUGGUAAGGGUCUUCCGCAUCUUCAAGCUGUCGCGCCACUCCAAGGGGCUGCAGAUCCUCGGGCAAACGCUGAAGGCGUCCAUGCGGGAGCUGGGAUUGCUCAUCUUCUUCCUCUUUAUUGGGGUCAUCCUUUUCUCCAGCGCGGUCUACUUUGCCGAGGCAGACGACCCCACUUCAGGUUUCAGCAGCAUCCCGGAUGCCUUCUGGUGGGCAGUGGUAACCAUGACAACAGUGGGUUACGGCGAUAUGCACCCAGUGACCAUAGGGGGCAAGAUUGUGGGAUCUCUCUGUGCCAUCGCCGGUGUCUUGACCAUCGCAUUGCCAGUUCCCGUGAUUGUUUCCAACUUCAAUUACUUCUACCACCGGGAGACAGAAGGGGAAGAGCAAGCCCAGUACAUGCACGUGGGAAGUUGCCAGCACCUCUCCUCUUCAGCCGAGGAGCUCCGAAAAGCAAGGAGUAACUCGACUCUGAGUAAGUCGGAGUAUAUGGUGAUCGAAGAGGGGGGUAUGAACCAUAGCGCUUUCCCCCAGACGCCUUUCAAAACGGGCAAUUCCACUGCCACCUGCACCACGAACAAUAAUCCCAACUCUUGUGUCAACAUCAAAAAGAUAUUCACCGAUGUUUAAUAUGUGAUACAAGUGACAUGCUGUGCUCAGUAUUGUGUGGAACGUGCCCCCUUGGUCUGCCUAUGCCCUUGUUUUAUACAUUUCCAGACCAUUCAUCAAGGAAAGGACCUGAAGAAGUGGAAAGCACACUUCAUUCUCCCUCUCCCUGCUGCUUCAUACUGAAACAGGUGCCUGUUUUGCAAGUGGGCUGCAUUCUCUCAGCUCUCCUUUUCCCUCUUACCCUCUCUCUCUUAACAUUGUAAACAACAGACUUACAUUAAACUUCAUUUCUAGUACACGCCCUAUUUAAAAAAGAGCAGUACAUCCUGGGAGGAAAUGAAACUAAAGAACAGUUAGAGUAACUGUUUAACCUCAGAAUUUUAAAGGCAGUUGUUUCUUUCCUAAGCACAUCAAUUCGUAGUAAAUGAUGCUUCAGUUUGAUGGACCUUUCAACGUUAUUUAUUGAAUAUGUAUUUCGGUUGCCUACCCUGUAGAUAUGUGGAUGAAGAGUCUAACUAGAAUAAUGACUUGUAAACCCACCAUGAGUUAUUUGGUUUUUGACUUAAAUUCCUAUUUGAAUCCCCUUUCCCGGAAUUUUAAGUGUCUCUACAACUUUGAAUAAAGGGAAAUGCCCAAGAUGUCCUGAUCUGACUAAUUAGUUUAAUUCUUUCGGGCUUGCUAAGCAUUUCUAAAGCAUUAGACUAACAGACUCCUGUGAAGUUCUGUGCAUAUGUCCCAGCCCCAACAACUAUCAAAGUCUAGAAACAGAUGUUUUCAGUGUUGCUGAGAGAAACAAAAAAUUUCCUAAUGCAUCUGAGAGAUAAGCUUCGGCAGUAUCACAAGAAGAUUAAAGUGGCAGACACCCCUUCCAGCGGAAGUUACUAAUUCGGACCUGACUGAUGCAGUUUCCAUAGCAACCCAUGUUUCCUGGGAAACCCGAAAAAGGUUGUCAUGGCAUCUCUUGCUCUCUAGCCCCACCUCCCAGCCCCUGCCGUUUCCACAGUAACCUUUCCAGAUGGUUCCUACUUAAAUGAUUUCAUAAGGAAAACCACUGUUUGAAUAAGCCGCACAAAAAAUAAAGUUAAGUCUGAGACUCUAAGGAGGUGAAAUGAAUCCCAAAUGCAUUUUUUAACUAUGAAAAUCAUUAUGUCAUUCCAUAAUGACUGAAUCAAGGAGGAAAAUAUGGUGUUUGGAAUGUUAGAUAUUAACCACAAUAAGGCAUGAUCUGGAUUAAAUGCCAUUUAUUAGGCAAUAAUUUUUAAAGAUGCUUCUCUACAGUUUUCUUUCUCCAAGAACUUUCAAGCCAACAAAUGAAAUUUAAAAGCAAAUGUAAAAGUGUUCUGUACAUAAGCAAAUGAGAGAUUCGAUCAGUGUGCCUGAAACCUUACUACAAGGGACCUUCAGGCUUUCUCUUUAAAAAAAAAAAUACAGAUCCCACAACAGCUCUGUCAUCAUCACAGCACUUGACAAGCUAAAUAAACUUCAAAUAAAUAAAGGAUGCACGUUUAAAACUGAGUGAAUUGCAGACAAUCAAUUAAAAGGAGGGACAGGAAGUAACCAGAUCUUGGGAGAACACCUGCAAGUUUCAGCCAUAUGCCAAGGGUUGCCAGAAGACAGACAGAAUCAGGUGAGCACUCUGUGAUCUACUGGGAGCAGUCCCUUUUGUUAUCCAGAGCCAGGGAACUGUCAUUCAUAUAUAGACUGAUGGUAUUUGCCAAACCAACAGUUUUAUCUUAGUUACAUGCUUGGUGUCUUUUUAAAAAUAAUUUACACCUUUCUCAUUUGAUUUCCAUGUUGCUAACUGUCGUUUAGUUUCCAUUGUUUAUUACAAAAGGAUGAAAAAACAGUCAUUGCUCUUCAGAAUAACCUUCACCCAAGCCAAACUGAAAAUUAUUCCAUUCCUUUUACUAACCCACUUGACCUCCAAGCAACCUGUUUCCCUUUAAAAAGGAUAAAUGGCAGAAUCUACUGCUGUUAGAUUAUUGGUCCAAUUUUAAUUUACAUAAUUAUUUAAUAGUAUGCAGUGGUACAGUUCUUUGAAACAAAAAAUGGUUAAAAAUAAGAGUAACAUUUUAUUUAAACAUAAUCAUUCUGUUUCAUAUACAUUAUAUAAAUUAUACAUUAUCUACAGUUGUUUUUUGGUUUUAAUAGCAUAUAACUAUUCUAUCCUUCCAGACUAAAUGAGAGUAACCCUAUUUUUAAAGCCCAUAAAGUAUUUUCAGUUAGGAGUACAUUUAUAAUGCAUGCAUUGAAGAGAGUGGAAAAUAGUGAUUGAGACUAUAAGAGAGAGCUGAGGAAGGAAAAGACCAAACAAAUAGAGGCAAGAAAUCUAAAUAUACCUGGUCAUAGAUUUGUUGUUUGUUUUUAUCAUAUAUUUGUUUUUAUCUAUGUAUAUCUAAGUAGGACUUCAUUAUCUAGUUUUCUUUGCUUUUUGUUUGAGUUAACCUUUGACAUUGAUCUACCUCUUGACCAAACUUUUGGUACCCUUAAUGACCAGAAAUUAUUUUUAUGACACAUUUUGAUAAUAUGUUAGAUACAUUGUAACAAUUACAUUAAAAUAAUUUUUGUAUCUGUUCUUAACAUAGAGAUGGACGAAGUGCAAUGACAAUUUUAUUCACAUUUAUUCAGGAGAUGUAGAAACCUUGAUUAGUUCUAUAAGUAAAUUAUGGUUGUGCCAUAAUUCUUAUGGUUAUUAAAUGGCAGUAAUUUAAAGGGGGCCUUUGUUCUUUAAUCCAGAGAAAUAUCCUGGCUUUUGACUCAUAACUUUGAGGUAAUAUGAUUGUUUAUAGUCACCACAUUGUAAGUUCCCUAAAGGAUAUAAGCUCUGUGUCUUGAAGGUUUUGGGUACUAGUGCCUAGCACAGAAUGUGGCACCUUUUAUAUUUGUUCAGUGAAUGGCUGUUAUCUUACAUAAAUGUUAUUUCCAGGCUUUUAAUAAAGUGGUUAAAAGCAUAA